AUGGCAAAUAACAAAACAAAAUGUUUUACGUGUAAUAAAGAUAAAAUAACAUAUCCAUGUGAAGGAUGUUCAAAACACUUCUGUUUAAUGGAUUUAAUAGAACAUCGUCAAAUAUUAAAUGAUGAAUUACAUCAUAUCACCAAUGAAUAUAAUGAAUUUAAACAAACAAUGAAUGAACAAAAACAAAAUCCACAAAAUCAUUCAUUAAUGAACCAAAUUAAUCAAUGGGAAAUAAAAUCAAUUGAAAAAAUUCAACAAAAAGCACAAGAGUAUCGCGAAAUCUUCACUAAAUCAUUACAAACAUGUAUUUAUGAUAUUGAAAUGAAAUUUAAUGAUUUGCGUGAACAAAUAAAACAAUUUCAACAAGAAAACGAAUUUACUGAAACUAACUUAAAUUAUUUAAGGAGUCAAUUAAAAGUGAUUACACAAGAACUAAAUUAUCCAUCAACUAUGUCUAUUCAACAAAAUUCACAACCGCUCAUUAGUGAAGUUUCAAUUAUUUUAUCGAAAAAACCAACAUGGAACAAAUGGAAACAAAAUGCCAUCACUGUGGCCGGUGGACAUGGACAGGUACAAAAGUUAAAUCAACUGUAUUGCCCUCUUGGAAUCUUUAUUGAUAAAAACAAAAAUAUUUUCAUUGCUGAUUGUGCAAAUCAUCGUAUAGUUGAAUGGAAAUGUAAUGCAAAAGAAGGAAAAAUCGUUGCAGGUGGAAAUAGGACAGGAAAUCGAAUGAAUCAACUGAAUUAUCCAACUGAUGUGAUUGUUGAUCAACAAAAUCAUUCGAUCAUCAUUGCUGAUCGAGGAAAUAGGCGGGUGAUCCAAUGGUUGAAUCAAAAUCAGCAAAUUCUUAUUGACAAUAUUGACUGUCAUGGUUUGGCAAUGGAUAAACAUGGAUUUCUUUAUGUUUCUAAUUAUAAGAAGAAUGAAGUGAAACGAUGGGAAAUGGGAGAAUACAAUGAAGGAAUUGUGGUGGCAGGUGGAAAUGGGUGCGGAAGUCAACUUAAUCAACUCAGUUGUCCUACUUUUAUCUUUGUUGAUGAAGAUCAAACUGUAUAUGUAUCAGAUUACAAUAAUCAUCGUGUGAUGAAAUGGAGAAAAGAUGCAAAAGAAGGAAUAGUUGUGGCUGGAGGAAAUGGUAAAGGAGAAAAUCUAAAUCAAGUGUCUAAUCCUAAAGGAGUAAUUGUUGAUAAUUUGGGUCAAAUCUAUGUGGCAGAUUCUCAGAAUCAUCGAGUGAUGCGUUGGUGUGAAGGCAAAGAAGAAGGUGAAAUUGUUGUUGGUGGACAAAGUCGAGAAAAUCAAUUGAGUCAUUCUCAUGGUUUAUCUUUUGAUGAUGAAGGAAAUCUUUAUGUUUCUGAUGAUUAUAAUCAUCGAAUUCAAAAAUUUGAAACCAUCUUGUAA